ACAACAUGGGGCAUGACGUCACUGAUGCGCGAGGCAGCAACAUGGCGGCAGAUUACUGGGAGCAAGGAAGAUCCUCCACACUGUCACGCUGAAUCGAGCCAAAGACAAGCCGGCCGGCGCCGGGACUCGGCCUCCCGGUGCGUCAUCCACGCUGGCUGCCCCGCCCCCCUCGGCUUCGCGGCCCCCCCUCAUGGAGAGAAUGAGGAAGAUCAAACGACAGCUGUCUCUCACCCUGGGGAGGGGAGGGGGUGGGGGAGGAGAGCGGACGCUGAGCGACCACCAGGAAAUCACAUCGCAUAGUGACUCAGAGGCUGGUGCCCUUCGUCCUUCUUCAGGGGGAGCGAAAGUCAGAGGGUCGUCUUCAUCCGUUCAGUCUCUUUUUCAGUCAUACAGCCGCCGACCUCGAGGUCUGGGACGCAGUCUGAGCUCGUACUUGAACCACAGCAGCAGACUCGAGAUCGUCCACGAGGAUGUCAAGAUGAGCUCCGAUGGCGAAAAUGAGCCCACAUCCUCCUCAGACGACAUCCAGAGUCCAGUCCGGGUUCGAUUGAGGACCAAGAAGAUAUCCAGUGAGGACAUCAACAAACGUUUGUCGUUGCCGGCAGACAUUCGUCUUCCAGACGGCUACCUGGAGAAGUGCAGCGUGAUUGGUCCAGCCCUGUUUGAGCAGCCAAUCAGCAGGCGGCUGCGUAGAGUCUCCCUGUCUGAGAUUGGUUUUGGCAAACUGGAGACUUACAUCAAACUAGACAAACUGGGAGAGGGCACCUAUGCGACUGUGUACAAAGGUCGAAGUAAACUGACAGACAACUUGGUGGCUUUGAAGGAAAUUCGUCUGGAACAUGAAGAAGGAGCUCCGUGUACAGCCAUCAGAGAAGUUUCUCUGCUGAAGGACCUGAAACAUGCGAAUAUCGUGACGCUUCACGACAUCAUCCACACACAGAAGUCCCUCACACUGGUCUUCGAGUACCUGGACAAAGAUCUGAAGCAGUACCUGGACGACUGCGGAAACGUCAUCCAUGUGCACAAUGUCCAACUUUUCCUCUUCCAGUUACUGCGAGGUUUGGCUUACUGUCACCGCAGGAAAGUUCUCCAUCGAGACCUCAAGCCCCAAAACCUGCUCAUCAACGAGCGAGGAGAACUCAAACUGGCCGACUUUGGUCUGGCCCGGGCCAAGUCGAUCCCAACCAAGACCUACUCUAAUGAAGUGGUGACCCUUUGGUACCGGCCGCCAGACAUCCUGCUGGGAAGCACCGACUACUCCACACACAUCGACAUGUGGGGUGUAGGCUGUAUUUUGUACGAGAUGACGACAGGCCGGCCAUUGUUUCCUGGUUCCACAGUGGAGGAAGAACUUCACUUCAUCUUCAAGUUGUUGGGAACGCCGACUGAGGAUAGCUGGCCAGGAAUCUGUUCCAACGAGGAAUUUGUGGCAGCAAAUUAUCCUCAGUACCCCCCAGAGAACCUCGGCGACCACACGCCCCGGCUCAGCAGCGACGGCGUCCAACUGUUGUCGAAGUUCCUCCAGUUUGAAGGAAAGAAAAGGACUUCAGCAGCUGAGGCCAUGACUCACUGUUACUUCAGUAACCUUGGAAAAAGAGUAUGCACACUUCCUGACACGACAUCCAUCUUUUCUCUACCAGAGAUUCAAUUGGAACGAGAAACGAGAUCAGCAGAUCAAGUAAACACUCUGAGCAGGAGGCGGAGUCUCCUCUUCUGACGCAGUCAGUGACACAAACGUUGGCACGCAGACGUCAUUGAAAGAACAACCAAUCGAGAGACAGGACAUUGUUUCCAUGGCAACAGGUCUUCCAUUUUUACCGACAUCGCAUCUCCUCUGAGGUUGGUUUAAUAUUCUGCUCAAGUCAUUGAUGACAUCGUUGAUGACAUCACACGGUCGGUGUUAGGAGAGAAUGGCCACGGCUGGAGCGGCAACAUUUUUGCACAGGAAGUGACGCGUUCUUCCCAAAGCCAUGAUUGCGCGUGCGACUGUAGAGCAACGUUUGUUAUUGUAAAUAAUGACAUGAUACACUUGUCUGUCCUGUUCAUUAGGGAUGCCUCGAAAGCCCGCUUUGUCUGCUCUGAGACUGUUUCUUUGUUGUCAGGGCAACUAAAGCCUUGUUCACAGCGCCAGCCGCAAAGUCCGUCAAACUGCUGACACAUCUAUCUUUUUUUUUUGAAUGGACGGAUCGCUUGUGCGGGAAUGGAGAGAACUUUUGAGCUCAAGAGCCACAUUUGAUUAGGUGUCUGUCUCUGUACCUGUGGAAAUGAACAACGACCGCACCAUUCACAAAUCGGAUCAACACAAAAUGGGCCAUUACAUAUUCUGAUCCCGUAACGUAAUCUUUUCAGCAAGCGCAGUGAGACCGCAAAAUGAAAAAAAUAUCCUCUGAAAUAGAAGCUUCUUCAAAACCUAGAAUGCGAAACCGUGACCUUUAACUUUAUGGAGUAUUUAAUCCCGGCUAACAUUUCUGCAUGCGCUGCAACUUGUAACGAGAGUAAAAUCUUUAGUUGGUGACUACGGAGUCAAUAUUGCCACAAGGUGCCUUUUGAGAUGUGCCCAUUUCACCCUCGAAAAUCAGAUUUUUCCAUUGCACUUCAUAUUCGUCGCGUUAUCCUAUCAGAAAUGCAUUUUGGCCAAGUUCCCACACUUUAUGAAUCAACGGCAGGCAGGCAAUUUAUGGCCAAGCAGCAAAAUAUGGGCACUUGCUGACAGGGUGGACAUGUUUGGUUGUUAACGUUUCAUGAGCACACGGUGGACCUUCACUUCCCGCGAUUCAGUUAGCAAGACGACUGCUGAAGCAAUAUAUUUUGAAUUUCUGGUUUCAGGAUUUUAUAUCAAUUGAUGUUUCACUUUGACGGCGUGGAUGUAUUAAGCCUGAAAAUAUCCAACUCGAUGAGAGUGAUCAGAAUUCCAAAACACGAGUGCACCUAGCCAAUGUGUCAGCUUUUUUGUCAAGAAAGACAAAAUGUUGGCCGUAAAGCCACUGAAGACAUCGGAGGAGUUCCCCCUAAUGAAAGGGUGGACAUUUUAGGGGUGCAUGCAAAAGCUCCAUUAUGAUCAGGAAAUUAGAAUACUGCAUACCUGAUUUAAGAAUGACUCAUUUGAUCAAAUCAAUUGUGGACAGGAAAACCACGUCAUUUAUUUUGAUGGCAACUACUUCUUCCAAAACACUGUGGAUUGCACAGGGUGGGUGCGGGUCCUGCUUGAAUCACAUACAUCCAAUGAAAAUAAAUAUUGGUAUGAAAUGAAGGAAACAUCUUAAGAGACUUAUCAUUGUACUAGUAUGCAUAAAAAUGUUUGGCCAUUAUAAAAAUAAGACCUCAGUGUUUCAUUGUUCCGGCACAGUUGCUUGAUUCUGGCAGCUGUGAGGACCCUAAAUUUAUCACAACAAAAUCAUAUUUCCAGGUAUGUGAGAUGACUUUCCGAUCCACUCUCGUCUUACGAAAGCACUAACCAAAUUUUUCCACACCCUUUUCUCAAAAUGAGCUCAUGGUCACUCGCUCCUAAACUGUCGUCGCCAUUUUCAACAGAGGUCAUCAGCCGUCGUGUCGCUCUUAAGAGGGGUUAAAUCAAACCCGUGUAUUAAUUUAUACUGAAUAUUUAUUCCCCAGGGGUCUUGAUAAAGGAUUCCUAACACUUUGUGGGAACGAGGCAGCGAACAAAAAAAUCGGUUGUUUCAUUUGACGCAUGAUAGGUGGGCAGCGACUCAUGAAAACAUGAAAAAGUCCCUUUUCCAUCGUAUUUUCCAUCCAAAGCCCACUGACGAUCCCUGGUGGCUGAGCUGUGAACAGGUUUUAGUUCAUUCGAGUCGGCCAGCGUGCCGUUAAAACUUCUUGAUCAGGGCUGGGCAAACAUUUGUGCUCAAGGGCCAUGUGUUGAAACCCAUGUCAAAUAGUUUCAAAUAAAAUAUUCAUUUGUUCUCUUUUUUUUUUUUUUUUUUUUUUGCAUCUUAUUGUUCAUAGUUUAAUUAAUUCACCCAUUAUAUGAUAACUGUGUAAAUGAAAUGUAUAAUUAUUUUGUUAUCAGCAAUAAUUAUAUUUAAUGUGAUGUUUAAAAAAAAAAAACAGAUUUUACAGUUACAUGAAUGAAACGUAUUUUUAGACUUAUUCUAAAUGUUCAGUGAUGAAAGAACUGCUGGUACUGUAUGGACUUUGCCCAUCCCUGUUCCAGAUGGUUGACAGGGCGUCCCUAAUCAACUGUCUCAAAGGUAUUUGACGCAACUGACGACGUCGCACGUCUCCGAUUGGUCGGCGUCAGCUAGCCGGCUGUGUCUGUCUCUCUCUCGCUCUCAAACGGUCCAAUCAGCUCGCAGAAUGUCCGACACCAACACGAGAUUGCUGUCUUUGUUUGUAUUUGAAUGGUUCCGGUUAUUUAUAUGGACCCGUAGCUUCAGGAAAUGGGCUGUGUUUAAUUGGUGCUGAUCAGAAGGAAUGCGUUCGCUCAUGCUGAAAAAGAAAAAUGAAAAAAAGAUUUGAGUUCACAAAAAUGUGAAAGGGUAGCGAUCCCACGUGGGCUGAGCCAACUUGAUCAUGUGACUGUUGAAUGUAGUACUGUUGGCUGAGUUUACAUUUGUUUUUGAGAAAAGCAGAGAAAACAGAAUUGUUGGCAAUGUUUUUUUUUUUUUCCAUUUGCACAAGAAGGGAAACCUUUUAUUUUGCAGUCUUCUACGAAGUUUUACUCCUGUCAAGGACUUUCAUUUUGAUGUAAUGUAUUCAGAUCCGAUUCUGUUUUCUCUGCGUCUUCGGUAAAUUACACCAAAGCUCUCUGCAAUAUAGCGCAAUGCAUGAUGGGACUUGUCGUUCUUCCAGCGUCUUCUCGUGUUGUACUCGCAAUAUAUUUACAUCACCAAAUAUUAAAAGUUUUUAUUUAUUCUCAA